UUAUUUCGGUGAUACAUUUUUCUUGUAAAAGCGAACGCGAAUUUACGCUUAAAUUACGCACUUAUGGCGUAUUUCUAGGCCGUUUGUUGCCUACUAAAUCCCCACCCGUUGUACUCGUGCCGUGGGAAUAGCUUUUUCACAGAAGGGAGCACAAAUGAUGGAACACGAGACGCUGAAUUUGCCGAGUCCAAAAGACGACCUGGAAGAAGGAGAAUUGUCCGAUAGUGAUAGCGAUGGGUACACUCCCCUUGCACGGCCGGACCUGGCGAAGAGCGAGUUUGCAUCGGUCUCUGUUAGUCUGCCGAGACAAAUGGACAUCGUCUCCGACGAGCAUGACGACGAUGAACUUCAGCAGGAUAAAAGUGACACGGACGGUAGCUCUGAUGAAAGUGGUGGCAACAUACGGCUUGGCUCUGGCAGCUAUUCCAAACGAAUGCUAGGUCAACCGUCACGAGCAGGGCAUCAGCGAACGCUGAAUGCCCAUCCGAAGAGCGUCGUUGCUGGCAAACCAAACCCCGCGCAUCGUGCUGCUACUACUGGCCGACCGAACAAAUAUAACAUAUGGACGGAAAGUCUCCAGGAGGACACACUGAUGGAAACGAUGCGGGGUUGCGAUGUGACCGCGAACGGAAUGCGUAAUCGAGACGUCGAAUCGUACGAUUAUAAGCUUCGGUCACGGUUGCAGAGUGGCAACGCAUUCGAACGGCUAAAACGCCGUCAAUCGAACUCGGACGAUUCGGACGGAUAUGCUGGUGGUGGUAAACGCAUGCGAACGUCUCAUAGCUCCUAUCCUGAGCCGGAACCCCAAGAACGGCGAGGCAGUGUAAAGGAUCGAAUUGGCAAGCGGAAUAACAGCACCGACAGUAACAGUGACGACUGUGCACAGAACGCUCCAAGAUUCGAUUGCAGGCACAUACCGGAUCUGAAUGUGGAGGAGAACUGUUCCAAUGAAUCGUUCGGCAUCGAGCUGGCCGGCAAACUGUGCGAAACGCACACCGAUCUAAUGGUGCGUGUAGUUGAAGCACUUGGCAAGGAGAUACCUACGAAACUCUUCAAAGAAACUCAGAAAAUCGAAGCCGAUGGAGGAAUGCUAGUUAUGAAAGGCUGGCGACGACGCACACCGGGUGGAGUGUUCCUGUUUCUCCUGAAACAUUGCGAGGAGGUAGACCAGGAGAUUAAAAAGACCAUCUUCCAAGAGGACAAAAAGGCGAAACAGAAAGAAUGGAAACUAACGAAACAUUUAAACCGAGAUAAGAAGGUGGAAGAACUAAAGAAAACGCUUAACCGCCAAGCGGCUAACGAUACGGAACUACCAUCGAUACCGAUUAUGUCCCACUUGAAGGCGGAAACACACAGCACUCUUUCAAAUCCACCACCAUCUCCGGUGGGAGAGGAAAACUUCGAAGGUGGUUCCGACUACGAGUCACGCAACAUCCACGUAAACGUAACAACCAGUCCGGACAAAGCGUUGCUACACACGAACGAUACGGACAAAGACUCGGACGCCUGUCCAGAGGACACGUGCCGACUGUUGCCGGACGGUCCGACACCGAUGCGUAGUUUGGCCAGCUACCAAGAGGACUGUCUCGAUAUUACGUGCGAUGACAUGGAUCUCUUUUAGCGGCAAACGUUAAGACAACUGUGGCCUACAUUUACGUUAAGGGUAGCAACUAUGUAUGCACUUUAUGAAACGAGCAUGUGCUGACGAACGACGGAAGCACCGCCAGCGAAGGAGAGAGAAGUUAACGAGACAUUAAGUGAAACAACAACAAAACUGCGGUGUUACGGUCAGAACUAAAGAGCGACUAAACUCCUUGUAAAUACUCGAGAAUGAAUUAUACUAACCGUAAGGCUUAAAAUUACAGAAUGAACUGUUCACGUAC